AGAUAGACAGUUGUAACAUGUCUAAACAAGUUCGAAAUUUUUGAAUCUCUAACCGAACCUAGAAAUGUUCCAUUCAUACUUUCUCGCGCUAGUGUGGUGCUGUUUGUUUCCUUGAUAAGUUCUUGAUCAACAUGGAUGGAAUAACAUGCGUUACUUGUGGCGGUGCGGAGUUCUUCUUGUCUGCCGGUUUUUACUUUUGCUCGGAGUGCCAAACACAAGCAGCUGGUUUGCAAGAACAAGAUUUCGAACAACCAGACGAAACGAUUGUCGUGUCUACAGCCAAGAAAAUUAAAUCUUCCAGUUCGGACAAGACUCCCAAAGCUGAUCAAAUCACCAGCUGGGAGUGCUACAAUUACAUUCUCUUAGGAUUGGUGAACGAAUUGAUCGAAUUAGGUGCACACAAGAAUCUCAAACCAAUUGUGCAAACUAUUUGGUUCACAUAUUUGAAAAAAAUUGAAGUGAUACACGUGAAUGUGAAUCAACCGCCCAAUCUGCCUGCAUUUAACCACAAGCAUGAUGCGAAAAUCAUUUUCGGACGCUGCCGUAAGAAGAAAACAUAUAAGAGGAAAAGAACGCUCAGCUGUUCAUCAGCUGGAAGUGUUUCCAAUUCAGAAUCUACUGUAUCCAGGAGGGAACAGAAUAGAUUGAAGCGUUUGAUGGCAAAAGCAAUCUAUGAUAGCCAACAGAGCCAGCACUCGACUCAGAAUUCCGAAUCAUCACUUUUAAAUCACUCUCUUGGAAGUCUAAAAAGCAACACGUCUGAUUCUCAAAAAGAAAACUUUCUCAACUUCAGUAGUUACGCUAAAUCCGAGUUACAAAACCACAUGACCAAGACGCAUCUCCAGGAACACAUCGAAGACGUUGAUGUGGCGUUAAAUUGCCACAAUUUAUCGUACCGAAACAUUACUUGUUCCUACAAGAAGACUCCAACUGUCAUGACACAGACGAAAUUGUAUGCCAUUUUGUACUUGGCACUGCUUAUCAACAAAGACGAAAUUCAUCUUGGCGACAUGAUACGAUUCAUGAAUGAAGGUAGCCUCAGUUAUAACUAUUAUCAACACUUUUUUCCUGAAGACAUCGACUCACAAACCAGUUUUCUCAACUCGUUUAAAAUUAGUAGAGUCUACAAACACGAUACUUACCGUGCGGAAAGUGGCAAAUUGGCGGCUUUUCUAGAUUUGAACGACGACAUUCCCAUACCUAACAUGGUGAAUUUAAUUAAGAGAUAUUGCAAGGAAAUGAACUUGCCGAAUGAGAUAUGUAGUGCUUGUUUAAAUUUUCUUGCUUUCACACAGCCCAAUAUGAAAAUUAUAAAUAAUAUCAUUCCGAAUUACGAAGGUAAGGCAAUGUGUGUGAUUAUCUUCGUAUUGAAACUUUUAUUUGGCUUGGAUGAUGUCACUGAGUUGCAUUUAUCUUCAUUUGCUGAUAAAAUCAACGAGGGCGAAGUACCACAAGAUAACAAGCAUGCUGAUCGUGCUGAAAUGUUUAGUUUUAUGGAUUGGUUGAAGACGAUUUUAUAUCGACGACAUGUACUAUCAAAGCAUCACUUUCCUACUGGGUUUGUUGACAAGGUCUUCUCAACACAAGUUUACAUAGAUUUUAUUAAUGCGUAUUACCAUAAGUAUGACAUACAAAGACAAGAAGAUCACGAUUACGAUAACGUCGAAAAAGUAGUCGGUAAAGAUGUGGAUUUAAAACGCCAAACCUUGAUUUUUACUCCAUCUCUGACCCCGCUUUAUGAUAAUCUCAAAGUGUUGUUAAAUAGUGGUGAAUUGAAUAAUUAUCAGCGUGAAGUUGUACUUCGUAAUUAUGAGUACGCAACCAUUCAUCAUCUGAAAGAGCCAAAGGAAUAUUUCACGCGUGACACGGAGAUUAUAAACAAAGGUGCUAAUAAUGAUAUAAAACUUUCACCGAUUUUUGCUACGCAGAAUAUAUACCUUAAUGGAAGAAAUACAAUUAGUUGUAAAGUAUCAAAAGGCAAAACGCACGUACCGAAUGUGAAUGCUGUUGAAGAUGAACUGGACACGCAGUUGAGGUUGAACUUUUUCGAUCGAAUUUAUGCGGAUAACUUGGAUGCGUCUUUGAAUAGAUCUUUUAAUGAGUGUGGCUUGGCCGCUCAAGUAUACAAUAAGCAUUAUAGGCCUGACAGGCGUUAUUGGUUGCGAUUGGGCGUGAAUAUUUUCAACAUGCGAAUCGAUGAGUUUGAAAAAUUCUGGUGUGAUUUUCCGUAUCAUUUUCGGUUGUUGGUAGGUGAAUGCGCUAAAAUUACUAGUCAGGGUGUAAAGGAUUUAAUGGUGGAAUUUAAUUACUUUGAUUGUUAUGUUUGUUAUGAACAUUUGUUUGACGAAGAUGGAAAGAUGAAGAAAUCGAAGAGUGCAAAAAAUAGUCAUUUGAAUGUUUCAUUAAUUAGGCUUGUUAAAAUAGCGAAGCAACAUUGGUGAGCAGCGUGAAUACGAACCAUAUUUAUUUCGUAAUUAUAAAUUUUAAGGCAUUGUGCGUUGAUGUUUAAUGUUACAAUUGAGUUUUUCUCAAGUUUGCGAUUUCAAUUUUACUAAUAUUUAGAAAACAAAAUUUAAAAAAAAUAUUUGUAAUAUUUGUAAUGAUCUCAUAGGAUUAUUUCAGUCUUUUUCCUCACAACAGCAUUUUGCGUUUCCGUCGUAUGAUAUUAAGGUGGGUGACGCAUAGUUUGCGAUAACGUGCGCUCAUUGCCGCUUAAUGCUGCGCAGAGCUCAGCCAGAGCCUCGUGUGAAGUUGAUCAGUUCACAUCAACUGGAAAUAAGUACAC